CCUUUUUUCAUUAAGUUUGGAUUCAUUGCCAACGAAGGCGCCCUCUUAUAUUUUCCUCUUCACUUGACUUCUCAUCGCCAAUCAUGGCUCCCUUCGGAAAAAUUUACGGUUACAAAGGCAACCCACGCACCAACCCGCUCCUCAUCGUCGCCAAGGCCAACAACCUCGACAUCGAGCUCGUUGAGAUCGAGCCUCCGGCCGGUGUCACCGAUGACUACCGCCGUCUGAACAAGCUCGGCAAGGUCCCUACCUUCGAGGGUGCCGAUGGCUACGUUUUGACUGAGGUCAUUGCCAUCGCUGUGUACCUCACUUCGCAGAACGAGAAGACCACCCUCCUCGGCAAGACCAAGCAGGACUACGCUUCCAUCCUCCGAUGGCUCUCUUUCGCCAACACUGAGCUGCUUCCCAAGCUCGGUGGUGCUUUCCGCCCAUUGAUCGGAAAGGACCCCUACAACAAGAAGAACGUCCAGGACUCUCUGGAUGCUGCUGCCAAGAACGCCACCGUCCUCGAGGAGCACCUCUGGGUUAACACCUACCUCGUCGGAGAGCGCAUCACCCUCGCCGACAUCUUCACUGCUGCCAUUAUCUCCCGCGGAUUCGAGUACUUCUACGAUGCCGAGUGGCGCAAGGCUCACCCUUCCGUCACCCGAUGGUUCGAGACUAUCCGCAACCAGUCUCUCUACAGCGAUGUUGUCGAGAAGAAGGACUUCAUUGAGAAGGCCAUUGCCAACGUUGCCCCCAAGAAGGAGAAGGAGGACAAGCCCAAGGCCGCCCCCGCUGAGCAGCCCAAGAAGCAAGAGAAGAAGAAGAAGGAGGACGAUGAGGAGGAGGAGGAGGACAAGCCAGAGCCCAAGCCCAAGCACCCGCUGGAGGCUUUGCCCAAGGCUACAUUCGUUCUUGAUGACUGGAAGCGCAAAUACUCCAACGAGGAUACCCGAGAGGUUGCCCUGCCUUGGUUCUGGGAGAACGUUAAGUUCGACGAGUACAGCAUCUGGCGUGUGGACUACAAGUACAACGAGGAGCUCACGAUGACCUUCAUGACCUCCAACUUGAUCGGUGGAUUCUUCAACCGUUUGGAGGCCAGCCGCAAGUACCUCUUUGGUGCUGCGUCAGUCUACGGCGUCACCAACGACAGCGUCAUCCAGGGUGCGUUCGUCCUUCGUGGCCAGGACUCUCUCCCCGUCUUCGAUGUUGCUCCCGACUUCGAGAGCUACUCGUUCACCAAGCUCGACCCCACCAACGCCGCCGACAAGGAAUUUGUUGAGAACCAGUGGGCGUGGGACAAGCCCGUUGAGGUCAACGGCAAGACCCUCGAGCACGCCGACGGCAAGGUCUUCAAAUAGACGACUCGCUCCACGACGGAACGACUCAAAAGUGGUGUUGCAGCUCGAUCAGCGAGUUGCAACCCGACGACCCUUGCGGGCUCGUCUAAUGUGGCAGAUGAAUAUAACGAGACAUGGCACGAACAAUUCCAUUGUGUCUGGCAGAGUGUGAUGUGUCGUCAUGAACACAUAAUGUCGCACUACGAAUCACACUCGAAGGAAAGCAUUAGAUAGAAAAACAAAAGAUACCAACGGUCCAAGUACCGGACUAUGCUUCAAAGCAUUCCCGCUCCUGUUUUGUGAUGUGACAAUGCUCCUUCGUCCCGCCGAACAUAAUUUACAGCACGU